CCAAAAACUGAACAUGAGGUCUUUGCCGCGAGCAAUAUUAUAUUAUUAGGAAGAGGUACAAAUAAGAAGUCGCAUAUAAAAUUAUCUUCAAAACAGCCAAGGAACUGGAUUCAUUAUCGGAAUAUUAUCCUCUUUCGUCUGUGUGCUUUUCAGCUGCAAGCAAAAUGCCUGUUAGCUGUUUAAUUACAACCCUACCUCCUAUCAAACAGCCAUAGGCGUUUGCUAUGGUGAUUACGGCGCAUAUUGGAAUCGCCAAGAAAAACCCCUCCCGCAAUCAUCGCGCAACCGAUCCGUAAGGCUCCGGCAGAACACAGGAUUAGAUGCUGAUUCUUUUAUCUUACCUCAGUUAACCCUAGUCGACUGUCGAGCGCAGCAGGUUAAGAGACGAUUUAAGAUGCCUCAACUGCCAGCAGGAACUGUUGGUGAUGCCGUAGGCGUGCUAUUGUUCACGUUUGUUUGCUUAUUUACCAAUAUUCUCCUCAUAUGGCUUUACUGGAUCAGUCAUGAGAGGCUAAGCUAUGUGGCCUUGAUCGCGUACUUUGGCCUACUAUGCACCAUGAGUAGCAUCGUGCAGCAGAUAUAUAAUUACGCUUUAUGGGAUGAUCUCAUGUGGGCUCAGCUUUACUAUAUCAAAGCGAACUAUGAGAAUGCCGAUGUUAUCUUCAACAAUGGCAACUUUGGGUUCAUGCGAGCCCUGGCAGUCAUCCGGCUGUUCUGCUACAUCAUAGAGUCGUCUUACCUGAUGACAUAUUCAAUCCACAUGGUUUUGACUAUUUACGGUUACUGGGGAACACGACGAUCUGCCGAGAGAGUCUACAUUGUGGCCAGUAGGAUUGUGCCUUUUGUGCUAGACAUCAUCACCAUCGGGCUACUUCAAACACCGGCAGUUCAAAGCAGCUUCCUCGUAUACAUGGUCGUAGCUAAUGUACAAGCCGUCGGGAGUUGUGUAGUUGGAAUUAUAGCCAUAUCCAUCAUCGUUUGGAAAUACGUUAACACAAAGCUCUCCUGGAAGUAUUUACCACUCUCGCGACAUUCCAGACGAUGGAGUCUUCCCUUCAGGAACUCUGCGAGCUCAGAGAGCAAUUCUGAACCACGUCAGGGCCAAGUAACUAGGACCUUGCCAUCGGUAUUUGAUAGCAACUGGUUGGUGUUCCGACUCUUCACUGCCAUCAUUCUCAUAUCCGCAUUCAUAGUAGCGAGCAUAGUCACUCACCUACCCCAGCGCGACGAUGUAGCCAGGGACGCUCAAGCAGAUCAGCCCGACCUAAGUGCAGGACGCGCUAGAUCGAACAUUAUCGGAUACGUAUAUGGAGUGACACCCGGAUUGGCAAUAUGGAUAGUAUUUGGCCUUACUCGAACAUUCCGGGAGAUUAUGUACGAGAAGUUCGUUCCCAGGAGAUGGAGAACAAAACAGCUAAAGCCCCUACCAUCGCCCGGGAGCCCAUGGAAUGCUGCCAAUGAAAUGCAUCAUACGGAUUAUAUAUCGGGACCAAAUAUGACGCGGGCUGCGAUAGGAACCGAGUAUCGGCUAGAUGAUAUGCAUUGCGCAUAAGGGUCUUUAUCACCAGAGCUGACGAUUAUUCAGUAAAGAGAAGAUAAGGGAUAGGGGUAGCAAGGGGUAGUUGUCUCCCUAACCCCCCUUCCUAACUAUCUAUGGAUAUUGAUGCGAUCGAUUUGACUUAGGGAUUUAAUAAUGAGGCUACAAGAUACUCUUAACAAGCUGAG